AACACCGGAAAGCUGGAGCUCCCGUCGAUUUCGCAGGUCCACCCUCGAGGCACAGUCGACGCGUCGUGGUACAAUUCGCACUACACGCCACGCCCUGCUGUAUCGAGUGAGCGCCUUCCCGGACUCCCUCAGAUACAACACGCGAGUUCAUCGACGUCCUCGUCGCCUCGGGGUGGAUCGUUCAGUUCAGGUUCCGUCGGCGCUCACGAUAGUGUCGGGUCCGCCACGUCCUAUUCUUCAUCCGUCAACGGCAACGCCGCCACUUUCAAAACGCCCUCACCGGAGAGCACCCCUCAUUCGACCCGUAACGGUCACGCAUUGCAUGCACUAGGCCAGAACGGAUCGCCGUACCCGCCGCAGAAUCCAGAGGGAUAUCCUUGUCCGGAGGCCUACAACAUGAAUCAAAUCCAGCCGUACGGCGAUGUGCAUGCGCAGCCACAUGUGCCGUCAACGGGACCACCGCCGGCCAUGGGGCACUAUCAGCCAUAUCAGUCGCAGCCGUUGCCGCAGACGUACUCGUCCACGCCAACAUCCUAUACAGCGCCAUAUGCAUAUCCCAGUGCUCCUCAACAUCAGCAACCACAAGCCUAUCCACCGUCAUCGUCAAUGAGCAGUAGCUUGAUGCCGAUGACGCUACCAGCCAUGGCUUCAAAUGCCACCGGUGUGACUUCGAUAGGUGGCGCCCCGUACAACCGCGCCGAGCGCCCGUACGACGCUACGGGACAAGUUGCCCCUCCAGGAAUGAAGCCGCGUGUGACGGCGACGUUGUGGGAGGAUGAGGGGAGUCUUUGCUUCCAGGUCGAGGCGAAGGGCAUCUGUGUUGCAAGGCGAGAAGACAAUCACAUGAUCAACGGUACCAAAUUGUUGAAUGUGGCUGGAAUGACGCGUGGACGACGAGAUGGCAUCUUGAAGAGCGAGAAGACCAGACAUGUGGUGAAGAUCGGCCCUAUGCACCUUAAGGGCGUCUGGUAUGGGAUACCCUUUGAUCGUGCCUUACAAUUUGCGAACAAGGAGAAAAUCACCGAGCUGCUUUAUCCCCUUUUUGUCCAUGAUAUCGGUGCCUUGCUCUAUCCCCCGAACCAACCGCGAACGGCGUUGAAUGCCGGAGCGUUCGCGGCUACGCGAAGGGAUGCUAGAUAUCUCCCACAAAGUACCCAAGCUCCGGGAACGCCCGGUCUUCAUCACCACCACUCCAUGAGCGUUGCAGCGGCUCCUCAGCCUUCAGGGGGUAUUUCUCAUAGUGGCCGACCUGAGCUUGGUCGCGCCCAUACCUUCCCCACGCCACCCACGAGCGCGUCCAGCGUUAUGGGCAUGAGUACGCAAGGCAGCGCAUACGAAGGCCAAUGGUCCAAUGUUCCUGGCAUGCAAGCCAGUGGCCAGCCUCUUUCGAUCGAUACGGGAUUGAGCAAUGCACGAUCCGUUCCAACCACGCCGGCCACUACUCCACCCGCGAACGCCAUCAACUCGAUGCAGCAAUACCAGACGUCGCAGACGUAUGAGACGCCCCGUCAGUCUUACACAGCGGCGCCCAGCCAACCAGGUCAGUAUAACCACCUCGAAUCCCCCCAGCGGAUCUCGCUUCGGCCAACCCUUCCCUCAAUCAUCAUCUUAUCCCAACACCAUCAGCGACAUGCCUCCCCCAUCCACUGUCCUUCACACCUCAAAUGUUCCCACCAACUCAUCUAA